AUGAAGACCACGGCGACCCGUCCGGGGCCAAGCAUUGCCGCCGUCGCGUCAACCAGACCAAGGAGCAGUGGGAGGCGCAGGGCGCCAAGAAGGCGAUCAACUCGGAGCUCUGGCACGCCUGCACCGGCCCGCUCGUCUGCCUGCCGCAGCGCGGGAGCCUCGUCUACUACUUCCCACAGCGCCACAGCGAGCAGGUCGCGGCCACCACCAACCAAGAAGACGCCCAACUCCAGCAUCCCCAACUACCCGAGCCUGCCGUCGCAGCUGCUGUGCCAAGUCCAUAACAUCACCAUGCAUGCUGACAAGGAAACUGAUGAGGUGUAUUCACAGAUGACGCUGCAACCAGUAAAUUCUAUAAGUACUAUCAAGAAAUGGAACUUGGAAACCGAUGUGUUCCCGAUCCAGUCUCUCGGUAGCUAUGCCAAGAGUAAGCACUCGGCCGAGUAUUUCUGCAAGAACUUGACCGCAAGCGAUAUGAACACGCACGGCGGGUUCUCGGUGUCGCGAAGAGCCGCAGGGAAUAUGAUCCCACAGCUGGAUUACUUGAUGCAGCCUCCUAACCAGGAGCUUAUCGUGCAAGAUUUGCAUGACAACAUGUGGAUAUUUCGUCACAUUUAUCGUGGUAGGGUCGAAUGCUGCUUGACUUGCUUCUAAAUUGUUCUGUGUUCAUUCAAGGGUAGAUAAUUUUGGUGUCCUGGGUCCUGGUGCCCGCGUCGCUGUUAAUCUUAUUCUGAGAUUCUCAGGAGCCAAAAUUGAAUAUCAUCAGUAUCUUUGUUCAGUAUCGGCAC